AUGGCUCACGCUUCCGACUCCUCGUUUGAAAAAUUGCUUGAAGCUAACGCUGCAUGGGCACACGGCGUCACAGAAAAAGAUCCAAAUUUCUUCAAAAAGUCGGCGGAGGAAAAGCAAAAACCGCACACCCUCUGGAUUGGUUGCUCCGAUUCUAGGGUUCCUGAAUCUGUCAUCACUGCCGCUCGUCCAGGCGACAUUUUUGUGCAUAGAAACAUCGCGAACCAGGUGCACUUGCACGAUUCAAACGUCUUGUCAGUGCUGAAAUACGCUGUCGAUUUUUUGCACGUCCAACAUGUCGUCGUCGUCGGCCAUACGGUAUGCGGAGGCGCAGAUGCGUGUCUAAACGCCGUGAAGAAUAAUUACCCCGACAAUCAAACAAUCAACACGUUGCCCGUCGAAUCUCCUUUGAACAUCUGGUUGACGCCUCUCACGAAAUUUACACGAUCAUUACCGCUUUCCGUCACCCCUCCUGAUAAAGCUCUUUCUUUGGUUGUUCAUGAGAAUAUCAAGAAACAGGUGGAAAUUUUGGCACAGACUGAUACUAUUCGGGAUGCGUGGGCUCGUAAAGAUGAGGUUCAGAUUCACGGCUGGGUUUAUAAUCUUGCCACUGGCAGGCUUGACGAUCUCCACAUUACUCAAAAACACCAGAAGUAA